CCUCUGGGGAUUUAAAGGCAAAUCGCAGCCCUAACCCCUGAUAAAAAGUGACGAGCAGCUGGGUGGCUGUAUUCAACAGCAUUUGUCCCCUGUGCCCUGGCUCCCAAGGUGAGGGGGAACCAGACCUCAGGGCAUGGAACAUGUCUGUCCUGAGGUGCCAUGCUGAGGCCUCUGUGAUGAGGUGGUCAGAAAGCACUGAUCAUGUCAAUUGAUUAACAAUGGCGCAGGGCUGUCACAAGUGGGUGUGCGCUGAGUUCAGCACAAGAGGAGCUUGUCAGCCCCAUUGCGUCUUGCUGGGUGGCUCUGGGGUGAGGAGCCGAUGGCGGAUGACUCCGGGUGGCACGUCUGAUCUGGAACUUCUUAUGACAGGCACCAGGAGCAAGAGAAGGACAAGGAGAAAACAAACUACCUUGCCCAGUGCGCGUUAUGAGUUUCCCCAGUGAAAAAGCCACCUGUUGAUCUUUGACUCAUUCAACAAAGAAGUCGCGUCAAAUACUAACCUGAAAAAUUCCUGAGAUCUCAGCUGAUGACAACCUGCCAAUACCAAAGGUCUCUACAUCUGAUAUUUUACCUGCAAGUAGCAGGGUAUUUAAUCAAAUAGCUUCCAUAGAAGAGCGCUGGCUGUAUCUGCGACCAUGGACACCUUCGUGGCACAGCUGGGCGCCAUCGGCGAGCCGGCGUUCCAGCAGAGCAAGGCCAAGCUGCUCCACGGCAGGGCGAGCGGGCCCUCCCGGCGCAAGCGCGAAUUCAUGCCGGACGAGAAGAAGGACAACAUGUACUGGGAGAAGAGGCGCAAGAACAACGAGGCGGCCAAGCGCUCGCGGGAGAAGAGGCGCCUCAACGACUUCGCCAUGGAGAGCCAGCUGGCCGCGCUCAGCGAGGAGAACGCCAUCCUCAGGACGGAGCUGCUGUCCCUCAAGCUGCGCUUCGGGCUCAUCAGCCCGGACACCAGCACCUACCAGGACUUCCUGGGGGUUUAUUUCAGAGGUCACAGAGCUGCCUCGCCGCUCCUGGAGGCCGAGCCCUUUGCUGGGGAGUCCUGCUGCUUCCCAGCGAAGAGCUUUGUGCCGAAGGUGCUGGAGCCAGCUGACUUUUCCUGCAAAACCUUCGGGCCAUUCAGAAACACCCUUGGCGGCGGCUUGAAGCCAGCUCCCAUGGACACACCUGGCCUUCAGCAACCAAGGAGGCUUGAUGCAGCCUUCAGAUCCACAGUUUGCUCUCCAUCCCUCAGUUACCGCUGCCUGGACAAACACACUUUCCAUUUGCCUUUGUCAGGCAGCACCUGCUUCAUGUGCCCUUCCCGCUGUCCAGCUGAGGUGAGCAAAGAAGGCGCCACGACUGCCUCAGAUGAAGAUGAUGAGCAACAAGUGCCAAUAACUUCUCUACGUCCCUGCAGCCUGCCCUGCCCUUCAGAAGAGCAUCCGAAGGGCCGGAGCUGCGCUGCCCUACCUCACAAGCUCCGGAUUAAGACCAAAGCCCUCGGCUUGGAGGAGAAUGGCCUCGACUCCCGCUAAGGCAGCAGAGGAACUGUGGUGGGGCCAGUGCAAGACCUUCGAAAGACAUGAAGGGUUUGGAAGGAUGGGCUGGGGAGAAUCGUCUCGUGCUUCAAAGACAGAAAUAAUUUUCUCUGCUUCACAUAAAUGAUAAGGGAGUUGAUAGGGUUGGGCUGUGUCGCUACAGCACAGCCGCAGCUGCCCACGCUGUUGAUCUCGCUGGGGGAGACCUGUCAGACUCUGUCGCAGUACGAGCAGGUCUGAGCUUCAUUUGGCCUCUCUGUUUGCAAACUGAGCUCAAAUGUGAGAUGUGAAGGGACCAGAGCAGGAAGAGUCCGAAACAGUGGAGGUGGCACUCACAUCAUGUAACGCAACUACAGCUGUUUGGUUUGGUGACCGUUUCAAUUGCUUCAUCACCGCCUUCAGCCCCUUUCCCCUUUUAAAACAUUUUGCUUCCUUCUACCUAUGCGCACUUCAGUUUACAAGCCAAAGAUAGUUUUGAGAAAUGUAUUCCAGGUAUAUAUGUAACUUCUUGUCUUCGUUUCUCCUUUCAUAUUUUUUUUUUCCUCUAAGGAAAUGCAGUUCUGAUCUUUCCAUGUCUGUCUUUUUUAUCAUUUUUUAACAUGUUGGAUCGUCAAGAGUAUUUUUCUAGAAAUCACUUUUAUAGCUGAUAAAGAAAUGCACUGAUAAUAAUGCUGUGUAAAAGGACAAAUCAUGAGAUGGGAUAUGAUAAUCCCUCAAAUCAGUUUAGAAAAGAUGGCCCUUCAUGUGUGCUGUGCAUGGGGUCAUCUGCCCUGUGGAGGUGUAUGAACAUGUUGUACCUAAUAAAACUCUUGUUUCCA